GAUCAAAUUAUGUUGAUCCAGGAACAUGUCUUACUUGGCAAUAUCACAGUGAACAGGGGGACCCACGGUGGUAUUGUAGUGGAUCUGACAUUUCUUAGAGAAAAUAACUGAAAAUAACAGAAAAUUUACCAAAAAAUGUUUUUAAAAAAAAGAGGAGGGACGAAGUAGACAAUAUGAAAAUAAGUCAAUAGGAAGCUGUGGUGAAUACUGUUAAUCAGAUGACCUUUGAAUUUAAGCAACCUCUGUCAACUUAACUGCAUUUACAGUAAUACUCUAAUGAACCAUCUUAGUCUCUUAACUGUGUUAGUCCUGUCCGUUUUCUGCUGUCGUUGUUUUGACUUCACAACACUUUCAUCCAAGACCUCUGUAUAAUAACAUCAUCUUGAGAUGAUCAUGAAGUUGUUGGUGCCCGUCGUGGCCCUGAUCGCACUAGUGGUGUCCAGGGUGCAGGCAUUUUUGCCAGAUGGCGGUAACGGAAACACCCAUGUGACCAUUACUCGUCAUGCUGUGAUGGCAAAGAUCCACGAGGUGUGUGAAGCAGUGGCUGAAUCAGAAGGAAGACAAUUCAGUCCAGAGGGAUCAUCACCCGAAGAGGUGCUGAGUGCAUGUCUGGGCACGGCCACAGGUGAGGUUUCGGGAGCCAAGUUCAGUACGGCACUGAAUCAGAUCUACAUGCAGAAUGGAUUUGUGGACCGUGAUUUCAUGAGCAGUGCACCACACCACUUCAACAACGAGGCCUUCACUGAGGGGCGCAACCUCAUCAUUCAGGGGACUGCAGCCAUUAAAGCGAAUGUCCGCACUGGCAACUUUAAAUCUGCCAGAGAAACGCUGGGGCGAGUGUGUCACACACUGCAGGAUUUUUACAGCCACAGUAACUGGGUUGAAUUAGGGAACAAAAGUCCAUAUGCCAACCUCAUCAGACCGGAUCUCAACAUUGAGAACAUUGCAGAUGUUGCAAUGCCAACAUGCAGUGAAUGUUCCAGUGGUCCAAACCAGCUGAUGCCUGCCAUUCUGAAGGGGAAGUUCCUCACUUCAGGAUACAUGGGCUUGUUCUCCGCUGACAAACCUAGAGGUAAAUGUAGUCAUGGUGGAGAGACUGAUUUCAACAGUUACCAGAAUCCUGGAGUAGGGAUCAGUAAAGAUGAGCCACUUUCCUAUAACGCUGAUCUACACAAUAAUGCUGUGAAUCUGGCAUCUGAAGCCACCCUGGAUCUGCUGGAGGACAUCCGUGGAGCUAUAGGAAAUAGGGACUACCUUCGGCUGAUGGGUAUUGCACGAUCUGCAGUACUGGCUUUUGUGAUUGACACCACAGGCAGUAUGUCAAAUGACAUUGCAGAGGCCAAGAGAGUCGCCUUCAACAUCAUUGACAGUAAGAAAGGAACUCAAGAUGAACCAUCUGAAUAUAUUCUAGUGCCGUUUAAUGAUCCAGAUUUUGGACCACUAAUAAGAACCACAAACCCAGAUGUAAUGAAGUCAGAGAUCUCCAAGCUCAUAGCUGUUGGAGGAGGAGAUACACCAGAAAUGUGCCUGUCAGGACUUCAGUUGGCUCUGACAGGUGCUCCCUCCUCCUCACAAAUAUAUGUGUUUACCGACGCUCCACCUAAAGAUACAUACCUGAAUAAAACCAUCACCGCUCUCAUCCGCAGCACCAAGUCUACAGUGACUUCCUUAAUGACGACAUUUAGCAGGAGGAGAAGGUCAUUGAAUGCACGGUCAGAAUUUCAGGUGUAUUAUGACAUGGCCUUGGCCUCUGGUGGUCAAGCCAUUGAGGUCCCCAAGUCCAGCAUCUCUCAAGCCACUAAAAUUAUUGUUGAUACCUCUACUUCAGCCCUGGUGACAAUUCUUCAGCGCUCCAGAGAUCCAGGACGUGUGGAGAGUUUCUCCUUCCUACUGGAUAGGUCUGUGUCCAACACUACCAUCUACAUCACAGGAAGUAGCCUCACAUUCAACCUACGCAGCCCGACAGGUGUGUCUCAAUCUAACACUGUUGCCAACGGACCUCUGGGAACAAUUCAGAAAGUAGGAAACCUGCAACGAAUACAAUUAAAUGAAACUGAGAUGGGUUUGUGGUUUAUUGACAUGACGACAAGUCAGUCCUACGCCAUAAAAGUGAUUGGCCAGAGUGCGAUUACAUUUAUCUACAACUUUGUGGAGGAAUUCAAAGGACCCCAUCCUGGAUAUGCUGCCAUUGAUGGGCGGCCGUUAGCAGGCUCACCGGCUAAGCUGCUACUAACACUGUCUGGAGAGAAAGGUCCAGAGGCUCUAGAGGUGCAUGAGGUCGCUCUCGUGGAUGUGUCUGGGGUCAAAGUGUCUAAUGGAUCCAUAGAGAAAAUGGCUGGUGGAAAUUUCCUAGUUACUGUGAAAGAAGUGCCAGAAGGAGAGUUUGUGGUCUUGCUGAAAGGAAAAGACAAGACCUUCUCCAGCUUGUUCCAGAGGCAGACCACCACACAGAUGUCUCAGUCCAAAGUCACUGUCAAGGCAAAGGCAGACAGCUCCAUGUUGCCAGGAGAAGAAUUUAAACUAAAUUUUACUGUUAAAACCAACGGACCAAGCGGUGCCUACACAAUUCGUGCAAGGAAUGACAAAAAAAUCUCUAUGACACAUCCACCAACGCUCAGUCUCGUGAGCGGCGGCAGUGCUCAAGGGACAGUGUCUCUCACUCCUCCUGCUGAUACGGUCUCAGGCACAGAUGUUACGCUAACCAUCGAGGCAGAGGGUCCUGGAGGAAGUGAUUCUAACUAUGCUGUCCUUCGCCUUUCUGUUCUCUCCAAGGUGACUGACUUGACACCUCCAAAAUGUGAAAUUGUCGAUGUACAGGGCACUUGCUACUCCUCCUCUUGCAACAAAUCAAACUGGGAAUUGUCUGUCAACAUCACAGACCGUAAUGGCACAGGCAUUGAGAGAAUUUCCAUCCAGCAAGGCAGUGGAAACUUAACCCAGAAGAAAGUGGAAGAUGGUGUGAUGGGUCUAUAUGAGGCCUCAUGUUGUUCAACUUCCGUGACUUUGUCCGCGGUUGACAAGGUCGGGAACGUGGGCAGGUGCAGUUACACCAUGAAGUCUAGUGCAGGCUCUUGCCUCAUGUCCCUCCCUCUGUGGGCAUCUCUGCUUUUAUACGGUUUUCUACGUGAAUCCUUCACUCUGUAAGGAUAUUGAGUUCAUCAGCCAAAUACACAAUCAUCCUCUUUCUCAUCCCAUCCUUUAUAAAGUUUUCUUAGAGCUGUGAAAUAAUGUAAAGCAAAACAUUUCAUUCCAAACAUUCCAUUAUUGGCAUUUCCAAUACAAAAUUGCAUUUUAUGUCUCAGUAAACUUACUUACAACUUUACAAAAUGCAACCUUAAGGACAAUGACAGUUAUACAACAUGAAGCAUUAUAGUAUGGAGCAAAUUUCACUCCAUACUAUUGUCUCAAUAAUAAUUUAUGCAAAAGACAUGAUGUGCACAUGAGUAGCCAAUUUCACAUGCAUGAAACCUAAUUCACCUGCACAAAAAACAAUUCUUGUGCGCAAAAUAAAAUUCUAUAUUCAUAAAAUUCGUUUCACUAAUGCAAAACAAUUUACUAGUUUAUCACUGAAUCUGAAUCAAAUUGUCAUUCACGUGUGAGUGGCCUUGGAUUUGUGUGUGUGUUUUGAUAUUUUCCUGACAGCACUCUCCUCCGACACGGGUCUGUCGAAUUCUUUAGCCAAAAGAGUGGUGGAACUAUGACACAUUUUUGUAGGCCAAAACCCAGAAGCGAGUUAGCAUUUUAGCACUUCUGAUUCCAUCAUCCUGAAGUCAAUGAGUUUUUUGAAUUGGUUUUUGGUUAAAUGGCUGAAAUAAGGUCCAUGGUUAACACAAGCUAUGCAUACUUUAAAGGUGCCCUAGAACCCUUUUUUCACAAGAUGUAAUAUAAGUCUAAGGUGUCCCCUGAAUGUGUCUGUGAAGUUUCAGCUUAAAAUACACCAUAGAUUUUUUAUUAUUCCAUUUUUUA